GUUAAUAUUUUUGCUAUUAGGCAAUGAUAUUUUCAAAUAAAAAAACUAAUAAGAUAAUUAAUGCAAGAGGAAUCAUCUAAAAAAGUAGAUCCUAUGGAGGCUUUUAGAAAAAAAGAAGAUUAUAGAGAGGCAUGUCAAAAAUUAGAUGGAUUGCACUCAUAAAAUAAAGAAAAUGAUGAAACAAAAUAUUUGAUGCUAUUUAAGAAAUAAGAAACUUCUAGAAAAGAUUUGUGUGUAAUAAUAAGAGUUUAUAAUGGAAAUAUGAUUUGGAUGUAAAAAAUAGAUAGAGGAGCAUUAGAUGAAAUGAUUUUAAAAACAGAUAUUAAAGGCACUUAUUCAUCAUUUUGUGAAUUAAUCAGAUUUGCAAUAAGUGAAAAUUCAUAUGAUUUUGUACAAUUUGAAGCUCAAUUAGAUAUAGUACUCUACUUUUCUUUAUAAAGACAUGUUUAACUAAAAGGUUAAAUUCCCUUAGAUUAAGGAUUACCAAUAACAAAUGAUGAAGACACAAGAAAAAUUCAAUUUUAAUUUGUUUGUGAUUUAGUUGAUGUUUUAAAGGCUACUCAGUUAUAAUUUACUAAAGAAAUUGAAGUGAAUACAAAUAGAAAGAAAAAAAAUGAAUAGAUGAUAGAUGUUGAAUAGCCUCCUCUUUAAAAACCCCCUCCUCCACCUAAAAAAAAUCUCUUAACAAUUGGUUAAGAAAUUUUAAAUACUCCAGAAGUAUUACUACCUAGAAAAGGUCCUUAUGGAAUACCUUUUUAUGGAAAUCAAUAUGUUUAAUUUCCAUCUGGUGCUGAUUUAAUUAAUCCAAAUAAAAAAAAGAGAAAAACAAAUGGGGGGAAAUUAGAUUGA